GGCAGCAUUGUUGCAUCCUGUCAAGAGAUGCCGCGCGCAAAUUUGACGACCAUUCCGUGAUGAGUCGAUGUGGGGCAACAACCUCAAGACCAUCCCCCAAGGGGUGGAUGGCCCCGCCCGCCUGGAGGCGCUCCGACGCCGAGUCAAUGGCCCACAGGGUCCGAAGCCUGGCUCAGCCGAGGACAAGAUCUCGUACAUGCGAUCGGACCAUAUGCUGGUGCGCUUCCUCAUCGCGCGGCAGUGGGACGUGGAGAAAGCAGUCGCCAUGCUGGAGGGCCACUACAGGUGGCUCGCGGAGACGAACAUGGAACAACUCCUCAAGGAUCCUUUUCCAGAGGAGGUUCACAUCAAGCGUUUCUACCCACAGGCGUAUCACGGGACAGACAAAAGCGGACGCCCACUGUACAUCGAGCGGCCUGGGCAGAUUGACAUGCCAAGACUGCUGCAGGUGACCACUUGUGAAAGGAUCCUUCAGUAUGUGUAUGCACAAUCUGAACUGCAGAUCCGGCGCCGACUGCCAGCGUGCACACUUGUCAAGGGCGAGGUCGUUGACAAGUCCCUGAACAUCAUGGACCUGGAGGGCCUCAGCUUUCGUAUUGUCACUCAUACGACUGCCCGCAAAGUCGUCAAGGAUGUUGUCUCCAUGCUGCAGAGCCAUUAUCCCGAGUGCAGUGGGAGGAUGGUCAUCAUCAACGCGCCCAAAGUCUUUGGCAUUGCUUGGUCUUUCAUAAAGCCACAGCUGGAUGAGAAGACUGUGGCAAAGAUCUCAAUCUUCGGCAGCGAUCAGAGGGAGGCAUAUGUGAAGUGCCUACUGGACUUGGUCGAUGCGGAGCAGUUGCCUUCUUUGUAUGGUGGCAAGUGCCGGUGUGACGGGAAGGACCCGUUGUCUUGCAUGAGGGCGGUGAAGGGUCCCUGGGCCGAUCCAGAGGUGCUGAAGUGCAUCGAAGAGCACCCGCUGGACAAGGUCCUGUCGCCUGAGGGUGCCACCCUGCUGGUUCAGGCACGCGAGGACAAAGCAGCCUUGCAGGCCGCCAGCUCGACGGCGGAGCACGAGGAGUCAAACGAGGAGAGCGAGGAGCGAGACGCUGUGCCCCCUGGCCUUCCCCAUGGCUUCCAAGCCAGGACUGGUGCUCUUCGGCCAGAACUUGCCAAGGCAGAGCAGCAGGUUGCAGCCAUUACACAGGAAUGCCGGGAAAUGGACGAGGUCCACAUGAAAACUCUGACGGAUUGGGUCGCAGAGUUUAAUUCUCUCAUGCAGGAGAUCGGCAGGGCUGUCAUCGAGCGUGCCCAGGGCUACUACGACAGCCGGGCAUUGUGGCAGCAAGCCGUGCAGGACUUUGCGUACCAGCAGGGUGACCUGGAUCAGGUCAACAAGGAAUUGGAGGGUGCCGUCAAGAACCUGGCUGUGGCAGAGGCUGCAUUUGAAGCCUUCCUGCAGGGAAAGGACGUGUUGUCUGACGAGCAGUGGGAGGACUUGGCACCGGCCAAGGCGGAUGGAGGAGCUGAUGCCGAGUUUCAGGAUGCCGACCCCAAGCUGUUGCGCAUGAUUCGCGUGUCACGGCUUGGGGACACGGUUGCAGCACUACAGCGCCAACGUGAUUUGGCAUCUUCGGAGCUUGCUGCGAAGCGCGAAGAAUUGGAUGAAGCGCGCAGGAGAUUUGAGUUCGAGGAUUCCCAGCAUGGCAGCUGCACUUGGAACUGCUCCGUGAAGCGGGCAGCUCCGUUCUACGAGAAGCGGCGGAUGCACGAGCUGAAAGUUGAUCAGCAACUUACGCAGCUCAAAAAGGUAGAGCAGCGCUUGCACGACGCUCGAAAGCGCCUCGUAGAGCUUCAAGCGGAGUCCCCUGAUGGCAGAAGUCGCAGGUCUCAGUCACAAUGGGAUGAGCUGAGCCUGCAGAGCUUCGAAAUCGCCGGAGGGGAACCAACACAAGACGAGUUCAUGUCGUGUGAUGAGGAUUCCUCUGAAGAUAAGUGAGAGAUGGUGCACGCUCGGAAUUGAAGUCUAGUCAAUACGAUCGAUUUGGAAAAGGCGGACAAUUUGCCUGACGCAGCAGAGAGAAAGCUACGGCAUGAUGUGCUGGCACAAUGUAUAGACCACGUACACAAAUGAAGCAUGCACUCCAAACAUUGCCACA